UCAGACGGUCCCUUAACUGCGGACACCUGCGACUCGAAGCUCAGCAUCUCAGUCGGCGUGGAAGUCCUCAAACACACACUUACACGCACUUCUCUGUGACAGGCGAGGACACCUGGCGUGUUCCCGGUCCUUGUGAGCUGGUUCGACCACCUCCCGAACCUGGAGAAUCAUGUCCACGAUGGCGGUCCAGCCUCUAUCGUCUCCGUGACACCGUCCAAGGCGGGGAUAGAUGCCCUGCGUGCGGACUGACAGCGUGUCACGGUAAAUGAGAGACCGCCAUCGCCAUGCCGCCGGGGAAGUAUGGGAUGCAGGAGGAGUGGGAGCGGGAGGGCAACCAAGGCAUCAAGAUGGACUUCCUGCUACCGACUGGCAUCUACCUCACGUUCCCAGUGUCUCAGCAGGACACCAUCAGCAAUAUCAAGAAGAUGGUUUGGAAAAACGCCAGAGGGGAGGCGCUUUUCAUGGCGCUGGGCCAUCAAGACGCGUACGUCUUCACCUGCAUCAACCAGACGGGCGAGAGGGAAGAGCUUGAGGAAGAAUCCAGGCGUAUAAGCGACGUGCAGCCCUUCAUGGGGGUUUUAAGACUGGUGGCCAGGGAGGGCGACCGCGUGGAGAAACUCACCAAUGCUCAAAUCAGCCUGUUGAUCGGCAAAGGUCUCCACGAGUUCGAGGCCCAGAAGAACCACGAGGUGAACGAAUUCAGGACUAAAAUGCGAGCCUUUUGCGAAGAGAAGGCUCAAAUGCGUCAGAUGUCACCGUGGCAACAGUGGCUGGAGUACACUUUCCCGUGCGACCUGGAGCCAUGUUGCUCUCUGCCUAUGUGCGGCAAGUCCCACAACGCCAAGAUCAUCAUCAACGUCAAGUUCGAGGCUUGUGACGAGAGCUUCAUGGUGCAGCAGGAGCCUCAGGACCUGCCCCUGGCUCUGAUGAGGAGCGCUCUGAAGAAGAAGGCCACUGUCUUCCGCUCGGUGCGACAGGAACCUGAGGACUACACCUUGCAGGUCAACGGGAGGUGGGAUUUCAUCUACGGGAAACAACCUCUCUGCCAGUUUAAGUACAUCUUUGUCUGUCUGCGAAAUGGCCAAACCCCCCAUCUGACCAUGGUGCACCACUCCACCAUCAGCAAAUACCAAGAGGAGCACGGGCGGAUGUGCAGUCAGGUGUGCAAGAGUCGCUCCAUGUCCAGACCUCCUCCUCUGCCUCUGAAGAAGCAGAACACCUCCUCUCUGUGGUCCAUCAACGAGCCCUUCUACAUCCACCUGCUGCAAGGCAGCCGGGUCAAUGCAGACGAAGGCAUGAAGCUGGUAGUGCAGGCUGGCCUCUUCCACGGCAGCGAGCUGCUCUGCAAGGUGGUCACCAGCUCGGAGGUGGCGGUGUCCUCUGAGCCCCUCUGGCACCAAAAGCUGGAGUUCGACAUAAACGUGGCGGACCUGCCGCGCAUGAGCCGCCUGUGCUUCGCCCUUUACGCCGUCUUCGACAAGGCCAAGAAGCCCCGUGGCACCAAGAAGAAGAAUAAGAAAGCGGAUUGUCCCAUUGCCUGGGUGAACACCAUGGUGUUUGACUACAAAGACCAGCUGAAGACCGGCGAGGUCCUUUUGUCCGCAUGGCCGUCUGUUCCUGAUGACAAAAGUGAACUGUUGAACUCGAUGGGAACAGUAGAAAAGAAUCCUAAUGUGGACAGUGCAGCAGGGCUUCUCAUCCUCUUCCCUAACAUCAGACCACAUCCUCUCUACUAUCCUCCUCUUGACAAGAUAAGUGAAAAGGAGACAAAUGGCGACGCAGCUGUUGUAACCAAAGAAGAGCACACAAAGUUAAAAGAAAUUAUGGACAACAAAAACUACACUGAGUUCUUUGAGGACGAGAAGGAGCUGCUGUGGAAAAUGCGCACGGAAGUUCGAGAUCGUUAUCCGGAAAGUCUUUCCAAGCUACUGCUCAUCACCAAGUGGAAUAAGAGAGAUGAUGUUGUUCAGAUGGUGAGUCUCCUGAGGAACUGGCCAGAGCUCCCUGCUAUCCACGCCUUGGAGCUGUUAGAUUACAGUUUUCCUGACCCCGCGGUGCGUUCUUUCACCAUCAGAUGCCUCCGCAAGCUAAGCGGCGAUGAGCUGCUCCAGUAUUUAAUCCAGCUGGUCCAGGUCCUGAAGUACGAAUCCUACCUGGACUGUGACCUGACAACCUUCCUGCUAGAGCGAGCCUUAUUCAACAGGAGGAUAGGACAUUUUCUCUUCUGGCAUCUCAGGUCAGAGAUCCACGUGGCAUCUGUCAGCUUAAGGUUUGGCCUCAUUCUUGAAGCGUACUGCAGGGGGAACAUCCACCACAUCAAGCUCUUAACCAAACAGAACGAAGCUCAAGGCAAAAUGAAGGUCCUCAGUGAAAUCAUCAAAUCUGGGACACAGAAAAUGAACGCUGAGGACUUGAAGCUGUGCAUCAGACAAGACUCGUACACCGAGGCUUUGUCCAACCUGUUGUCGCCGCUCAACCCCAGUAUCAUCCUCGCCGACAUCUGUUCAGAAAAGUGCAGGUUCAUGGAUUCGAAGAUGAAGCCGCUCUGGCUGAUGUAUAAAAGUCCAUGGGUUCAAGGAGACCUGGUGGGCAUCAUCUUCAAGAAUGGAGAUGAUCUUCGACAAGACAUGCUGACCCUGCAGAUGAUCCAGCUUAUGGAGAAUUUAUGGAAGAAGGAAGGUUUAGAUCUAAGAAUGAUCCCAUAUGGCUGCUUGUCCACGGGGGACAAGAUGGGCUUCAUUGAGGUGGUGAAGAACUCCGACACCAUCGCCAACAUCCAGCGAAACAACAGCAACAGUGCCGCCACUGCUGCCUUUAACAAAGAUGCCUUGCUCAACUGGCUCAAAUCCAAGAAUCCAGAAGACAAGCUUGAGGAAGCCAUCGAGGAGUUCACGCUGUCCUGUGCGGGCUACUGUGUAGCUACUUACGUCUUGGGCAUUGGGGACCGUCACAAUGACAACAUUAUGAUCAGGGAAACUGGACAGCUCUUUCACAUUGACUUUGGACAUUUUCUGGGCAACUUCAAGCGCAAACUGGGCAUCAACAGGGAACGCGUGCCUUUCAUUUUGACCUAUGAUUUUGUCCAUGUGAUCCAACAAGGUCGAACCAACAACAGUGAGAAGUUUGAGAGGUUCAGGGAAUACUGCGAGCGAGCCUAUAAGAUCCUGUGUCGGAACGGGACGCUGUUUGUCAACCUAUUUGCCAUGAUGAAGGCAGCCGGACUGCCUGAGCUCACUUCUUUCAAGGAUAUUCAGUACUUAAAGGACUCUUUAGCUUUGGGCAAAUCAGAUGAAGAAGCACUGAAGAAUUUCAAAGUCAAGUUCAAUGAAGCACUGCGGGAAAGCUGGAAGACCAAGGUCAACUGGAUGAUGCACUCUCUGGCCAAAGAUAACAGACCGUGAAGGACAGCUCAAGUUUCAAUGUAACGGAGGGAAAACGAAAGGGAAAAUACAAACCCGGUGGCAUUGACCCAUUGUUUACAUGUGAUUGCUCCUGUUUGAAGGAUGUUACGUCUCAAUUGAAGGCAACCAAAGACAGUGGAACCAUCCUGGAGCCAAUUUGUAACACACCAGUGGAACUUCUACUUGAAAACUAUGGAUUUAUCUCAAAUAAACAUCAUGGACUACAAUAAUAUUGAUAAAAUGUACAUGCUGUCAGUCACAGACUACAAUAAUGAGUCAGAUAUAUGUCUUACUGUUUUAUUUAUUGAUAAAUUCUCGUGCAAACAUUUUUGUUGGUUUUACAGCUGUGUUACUUCAUCUAUUACAAUAAACUGCUUUUACAGUG